AUGCCAGGUUUCCACGGAAACGGAUGUAAUUGCCAACAUGAAGCAAAUUUAAUAAAUGGUGAAGAUUUGUUAACUUACAUAGAUAAAGAUUCUGUACGUACUCUAAAUGAGACUAUCCUAGGAUCCUGUAAAACUCUAUUCCGUCCAUAUUCGGAUCGCCUACUAGAAACAUCCUUGUGUAAAUCUCAAGAGAACGAUCCUGAACUCUUAGUAUUCAUCCCGUUCAAGUCUCCAUGUUCUAUAUAUUCUCUAAACAUAAUUGGAGGAGAAAAUGGAACCUCUCCAAAUCAUAUUAGAUUGUAUAUAAACGAUGAAAGUUUGGAUUUUUCAACUAUUGAAAAUAUGGAGCCAAUCCAAAGUUUUGACUUAGUAGAAGACUUUUGUGGUGUAGUUGAAUAUCCCCUAAAAGUAUCUAAAUUUAAAAAUGUGAACCUGCUAAUUCUACAUUUUCCUUCUAGUUUUAGCUCAAACCAAACUAACAUAUACUAUAUUAGGAUAUGUGGUCAAGGUACAUCUUAUCAAAGAAAGGCAGUAGAAGCUGUAUAUGAGUCUACACCCAAUAUUUCGGAUCAUAUGACCAAUAAUGAAACCUUACAAUCUUUUGAUUUAUAA